CCAGAACUAUUUCAGUUACUCUUCUUCACAGCUGGAUUGGGAUUCUACUGCUGCUGCUGCUGCUUUGGACAAGGACAACGAGAUGUCGCUCGCUCACUCUGCGGCGCAGUACAUGCUGUCGGACUCUCUGAUCCCGGAGGGGAGCGGGGACUCACGGCUCAAGGCACUGGCUCUGGAACUGCCCCUUGAUCGGAUCAUCAAGUUCGUGUCUGUGGGGCUGCCCCUGCUGCUUGUGUCCAUGGCCUUUGCAAGAGAAAUCUCCUUCGGUCCUCAGAUCACCUGUUUCCCCCCACACAACUUCACGUCAAAGCAGGCAGGCUAUGUGGAUACCUACUGCUGGGACUCCCUGAUACACCAUGAGUUUGACAGUGACGGCAACUUCGAGGAGCAAUCGCUGUGGGUGCACAAGAUGUUCCCCUACUCCCUGCUGGUGAUGGCAGUGAUGAUGUACAUGCCCGCUCUGCUCUGGCGAUUGCUGGUAAUGCCAUGUCUGGGGGCUGACCUGCUCUUCAUCAUCGACGAGCUCGAUAAAUCCUACAACCGCUCGGUGCGCCUGGCACAGUCCAUCCUAGAGCUGCAGCAGAACAGUCCUGACCCUGCCAGCUUCGCAGCUGAGCUGGAGAGGGCGAAGCGAGAGCGCUACUUUGAGUUCCCUUUGCUGGAGCGCUACCUGCAGGCCAAAAAGCACUCCUAUUUCCUGGUGUGCAUGCUGUUCCUGCGCAGCUUCCUGCUGCUGCUCUUCAUCUCCGCUGCCUGCCUCUACCUCGUCUAUUUCCACCUGUCUGCCUUCCUGCAGGACGAGUUCAGCUGCUUCGUCAAGACCGGCCUCCUGCGAGACGAGCCCUGGGUUCCUGAGCUGAUCCAGUGCAAGCUCACCGGGCUGCUGGUCUUCCAGAUCGUCAGUGUGGCCAAUGGGGCCGUCUACCUGCUCCUCGGUCCCUUGAUCUUCUUGGGUCUGCUUCGCCUCUUCUGCUGGGAUCGCCGCUUCCUGUCUGUCUACGAGGUGCUUCCUGCCCUGGGCCUGGGGCCGAACCUGGGCUGCCCGCUCAAUGACCUCAACGUUAUACUGCUCUUCCUUAGCGCUAACGUCUCCCAGCUGCGUUCCUACAGCCGGCUCCGUGCCGUGUGCACCCUGAGGGGCCCGCGGGGCCAACUCCGAAAGACGGUUAUCAGGAGCGGGAGCAAAGGAGAGGAGGAGGAGAAUGAGGAGAUGGAGGAGCGAGAGGAGAGAGAGGAGGAGGCGAGAGAGGCGCUGAAGGAAGGAGAACACACCCUGGUGGAUAUGAUGGGAGUGCUGGCUGGGAUGGAAGGGAACGGGAAGACUCUGAAGAAGCAGGAACCCCCAACAGAGAACCUGGAGUUCUCUAAUCAGCAGGGGUGCCCUGAGUUGAAGGAGAUGCCGUCAUGUAGUUAUGCCUAAAGAGCUUUCAGCACUGGGACUGAGCCUGCAGGGUUGUGAUGUAAGGAGCUCAGGGAAUAGGGGUGGAGCUGGAGGGAGCCAAUUGGGCAGGGGGUGCCAAAGAAAGUCACCAGUACCAUGUUUCCACUGUUCAGGUGGACGGUACCAUAUUCUUCCAUUGAUAUAAUGGCAUAUUAUAUUAGCAACUCAUUUUAAAUUAUUCUCAUACAAUUGGGAAAUUCCAAAAGCUAACGUUGUAGGGGGUGUGCAGAAAAUUAAGAUUUGACUUUCCCUUAAAAAUAAUCAUUCAUCUUGAAAUUAAAGUAUGUAAUACUUAAGGUGGGGUUUCAAAACUAGGUUGCAUUGCAUAUCUGUGUCUGCUUAGCAUGCAAAAUAUAAUUUAGUAAUGUUUAAAUCAACACAAAGAAUGUAUUUAGCUUUCAAAACACAGACCAUACAUUUGGUAUGUGGCAGUCCAGGUGCAUCAGGAUAUGAGGAAGCAUGGUACAUUGGACAGAGAACUGAGAGAUCGGGGGUGAGGCGGGGGUUAGAUCAUUGAGAAAGGGGUGGGAAGAGAUUCAGGAAUUGUUCUAUGUUGGGGUGGGUCUUUUUGUAAUGCUUUCCAUUCCUGG